GUUUUUCUAGUAAACAGUUGUCAAAAAAUCAUUAAUUUCAUAUUUAUACAGUAUAUUAAAUCAUUUAACACUUACUAAUCAUAAUGGCAGCAAUACCAAGUGAUGAUGUCUUUGACACAACAGAAUUUGAUGAAGAGGAAGCUCAGGAAGAUUAUGCUGAAAUUACAGGAGGCAGGAAGCGGUUAUUUAGCAAGGAAUUACGCUGUAUGAUGUAUGGAUUUGGCGAUGAUCAGAAUCCAUACACAGAAAGUGUUGAUUUAUUAGAGGAUUUAGUCAUUGAAUUUAUUACGGAACUUACACAUAAGGCUUCAGAAAUUAGGAACAAGAGCGGAAAGGUUCAAUGCGAGAAUAUCAUUUUCCUAGUAAGAAAAGAUCCCAGAAAAUAUGCGAGAGUUCGUGACCUACUUACAAUGAACGAAGAGCUGAAAAAAGCUCGAAAGGCUUUCGAUGAAGUUAAAUACGUCUCAAAUUAAUUAUCGUUUCCUUUAUUUCUUAAAAAC